UGUUGAGGGUGAAGCUCCUGGAAGUGAAACAGGCACAUCAUUGGAUAGUCCCUCUACCUAUCAUCAAGGAGCUAUAACUCACAGUUCAGCUCUAAGCCCAGACCAUUACGACCAUUCUCCAUACGGGCUGUAUUCUGUCUCCCCAGGGCAGCAAAGGCCCCGGAGGCCAAAGCUUCAACACUCAACAUCCAUACUCAGAAAACAAGCAGAGGAAGAAGCUAUUAAAAGGUCGAGGUCACUUUCAGAGAGCUAUGAACUCUCAUCGGACUUGCAGGAUAAGCAGGUUGAAAUGCUAGAACGGAAAUAUGGAGGCCGUCUCAUAACUAGACAUGCCGCUCGUACUAUACAGACUGCUUUUCGCCAGUAUCAGAUGAACAAAAACUUUGAGCGGCUUAGAAGUUCUAUGUCUGAAAAUCGUAUGUCAAGACGCAUUGUUCUAUCCAAUAUGAGAAUGCAGUUUUCGUUUGAAGGACCUGAGAAAGUCCACAGUUCUUACUUCGAGGGGAAGCAAGUUUCUGUUACAAAUGAUGGGUCAAAACUAGGAGCCCUUGUCCAAUCUGAAUGUAGUGACCUUGGAGAAUCGGCUACAAUGAAAUCUCCAGCAGCGUCCACCGACUUUGCUGAUGCCAUAACGGAACUGGAGGAUGCUUUUUCGAGACAAGUAAAAUCUCUUGCCGAGUCUAUUGACGAUGCAUUAAAUUGUCGUAGCAUGCACUCUGAUGAGGUACAGAUACCCGAUCAAGUCAGAAGUCGGGAAAUAGAGAGGGACAGUUGUCAAACUAAACCAACAAGCCAUAAUGUGGACCACAGGAAACUUGAUGAAAUGACUGCAUCUUAUAGUGACGUUACAUUGUAUAUUGAUGAAGAAGAACUAUCCCCACCACUUCCUCUUUCCCAAUCAGUAGAUAGGCCAUCUAGCACAGAAUCUGACCUAAGACUUCGGUCAAUGAACCCAUCUCAAGAGUACUGGUCUAUGACACACAAGGAUCAUAAGAUAGAUACUGACACGAGCUGCAGAAGUACCCCUUCACUAGAAUCCCAGGAACAAAGAAUGAGAAUGGAUCAUUUGCCUUUGCUAACUAUAGAACCACCUAGUGACAGUUCAGUGGACUUAAGUGAUCGCUCAGAGAGGGGAUCAUUAAAGAGACAGAAUGCAUAUGAUCGAGGAAUUACUAGUACGCAAGGUAGUCCCAAGCAUAUCUCACAUGGCAUCCCUACCAAGAUAAUUUCCCGAGAGGACCAGGAGACUAGACAUAGACCAAGGCCUAUUGAUAGCCACUUAGCCAUUAAUGGCACAGCAAACAGGCAAAGCAAAUCUGAGUCUGAUUAUUCUGAUGGAGACAACGAUAGCAUUAAUAGCACUUCCAAUUCCAAUGACACAAUAAACUGCAGCUCAGAGUCUUCUUCUCGAGACAGCUUAAGGGAACAAACACUGAGCAAGCAAACGUACCAUAAAGAGACUCGCAAUAGCUGGGAUUCUCCUGCCUUCAGUAAUGACAUCAUCAGGAAACGUCACUACAGGAUUGGAUUGAACCUUUUUAAUAAAAAACCUGAAAAAGGAAUCCAGUACCUAAUUGAGAGAGGCUUUGUGCCAGAUACGCCUGUUGGAGUUGCUCAUUUCCUUCUGCAGAGAAAAGGACUCAGCAGACAGAUGAUUGGAGAAUUCCUCGGAAAUCGACAAAAGCAGUUUAACCGGGAUGUGUUGGACUGUGUUGUGGAUGAAAUGGACUUCUCAGCUAUGGAACUAGAUGAAGCACUCAGGAAAUUCCAAGCUCAUAUCCGUGUUCAAGGGGAAGCUCAAAAAGUAGAACGACUCAUAGAAGCUUUUAGCCAGAGAUACUGCAUCUGCAAUCCAGGUGUUGUGAGACAGUUUAGAAAUCCUGAUACCAUCUUCAUCCUAGCUUUUGCAAUCAUAUUAUUAAACACAGAUAUGUAUAGUCCAAAUGUGAAACCAGAACGCAAAAUGAAGCUUGAAGAUUUUGUCAAGAAUCUAAGAGGUGUAGAUGAUGGUGAAGAUAUUCCACGGGAGAUGCUUAUUGGGAUCUAUGAAAGAAUCCGAAAGCGGGAGCUCAAGACAAACGAGGAUCAUGUGUCACAGGUCCAAAAGGUUGAAAAACUCAUAGUAGGAAAGAAACCGAUUGGAUCUCUACACCAUGGACUUGGUUGUGUCCUUUCUCUUCCACAUCGGAGACUUGUUUGCUACUGCAGGCUCUUUGAAGUUCCAGAUCCAAAUAAACCACAGAAGCUUGGAUUACACCAGCGGGAAAUAUUUUUAUUUAAUGAUCUGCUUGUGGUCACUAAGAUCUUUCAAAAGAAGAAGAAUUCAGUCACAUACAGUUUUCGACAGUCCUUUUCCCUCUAUGGAAUGCAGGUGCUCCUUUUUGAGAAUCAGUAUUAUCCUAAUGGCAUACGGCUCACAUCAGCUGUUCCAGGAGCAGAUAUAAAAGUUUUGAUAAAUUUCAAUGCGCCAAAUCCCCAGGACAGAAAGAAAUUUACGGAUGAUCUGAGGGAGUCUGUUGCAGAGGUACAAGAAAUGGAAAAGCACAGAAUAGAGUCUGAACUUGAAAAGCAGAAAGGUGUAGUACGACCAAGCAUGUCUCAGUGCUCUAGCCUGAAAAAAGAGUCUGGCAAUGGGACAUUGAACCGUGCCUGCCUUGAUGACAGUUACGCCACUGGGGAGGGUCUUAAAAGGAGUGCCCUUAGCAGCUCUCUUAGAGACCUCUCUGAAGCAGGCAAGCGUGGGCGUCGCAGCAGUGCAGGAUCGCUAGACAGCAAUAUGGAAUUUCAGCAUUUUGAGCCACCCCAGUCACAAGGACUGUACAUCUAACUGGCAGAAACAAAAGGAACUGCAGAACUACACCAGCAGAAUUGUGAAUGUGGUUUAAAAGAAGAGGAAGGAAAAGUUCCAGUGAGAGAUGGGUGAAACAAAAAAACACAAAAAACGGUGUUGCUUCGGAAUGUAGAAGUGAUACGUGAAGAUGACUCUUAUGUAUUGGUGACCCCCGAUGUCUCCAGUUUGUUUUGUUUUUUUCUCUCCCUCUCCUUCUUGCUAUGGAUUAUAUCAUGAUUACCAGCAAAACUAAAAACCAAUUACUUCUGUUAACUUCCACUCAGCAAAAACAACCACCUAGAGUUUAGUCUGCUGUUCAAAUUUGUCUGUUAUUUUCUACGCGUGCAAUACUUCCUGUUUUGUUCCCCCCCCCCCAUAAAUUAACUACAUAUGAAAUGAAAGUAAUAAAAGUCAAUUUGAUGGUCAUCCAGGCAGAUUACUGAAGAGGGUUCAUCUCGUAAGCCCCCUGAGGCUCGUUGUUCCUUGCAGUUUAAGCAUUGUUUGUCCUUAUGAGGGAUAAUAGAACUGUCUGCAUGUCAUCUAAUGUUAAUAGUAUUAAAGCUACACUCUACAUAUUGUAUAUUUGCAAAAUAUAUCAGUGUUACUGUUUAUAUUAGUUGAAGUAAAGUAAUGACAUAUUUAAAUAUGUAGACUUUUCUUCAGACCUUUGUACCAAUAGUAGAGUCUAACUGUAAUUUAUAAGUUGUUCCAGAAAAGAUAAGUAGCUGGUGGGAUACUUCCCCCCCCCCCCCGUGUUGUCGCUCAUUGAAUAUUCUGCAUGAACCAGACUCAAAAACACAUUCACUGGACAACCACAUUGCUUUGCAUUUGAUGGGUUAAUAUUGGCCACACACAAAAGUACUUUAGUGUUGCCCAUCUAUUUAUACAAUUUGGAUGCCCUAGGGAACCCCAUGUAAGGUUUUAAACUCCCAUGCUGUUGCUUGUUUUAAGUUCACAUACACACAAACAUCCAUAUAUGAUUCAUAUGAAUUCCGUAAAAUGAAGGUUAUACAUUAUUAUUUAUUUCAUUUUCUUGCCAUAUGCAUAUGGAACAUAUAAGUAGAGAGAAUGCGUUAGAAACAUGAAGUGCAUGAAUCUCAACGUUCCAUGAAUACCGAAGGAGGUUCAUUCCCCCCCCCCAUAAGUAUUUUCGAUAAGAACAUCCUGUAACCUGCAUUACUUUUCAAAACUUCACUGCUUUUUAGAGGAGCAGUCUAAGGUGCCAGAAUCCCUUUUAUAGACCAAGAGUACAGAACCGUUUCUCUUAGAUUGGGAAAAUGACAGCAAUCAUCAUUAGCUUCUAUGUGCAGUUAGAGGAAAUAAAUUUUAUAGCAUGCAGCAGGGGAAAAGUAGUUACCGGAAAGCUUUUCUUAGUUUUUUCCGUAUUGAUUAAAAUCCAUACAAAACACUAUUGAACCAUGUGUCUUUCUUCCCAUGAAUAGUAUGGCUAGGUAAAAGCAACAAUUUGAAGUUAAAAGAAAAACUAAAUAACCUUGCAAAAAUAUCUUUUCUGGGACAACGUCAAAUAUGUAUUUGUUUUAAUCCUUUUAAGUUAAGAAUGAAAUGUACAACAAUGUAAAAAAAAAAAAGUAAUCCUAAUAUAAUGUACGUCUUGUAUUGCUAAAAAGAAGUCUUCAAGCAUAACAUUGUAGGAUGAUUUUCCCAUCAAGCACUGCAUGCAGCAGAAGCCUCUUGUUUCUUGAUUUUAAAAUGAGCUGAAAGACAGUCAGCAGCUAUUUAAACAAUGACUCUCUACAUGUUGACUUGCUGUUCCAUAUAAAGCUGUGUGUUUACUGCAGUUAAGCAUGCAUUUUGCUGUUUCCGUUGUAAAAUAUCAUCACAUCUUGCCUGCAAAAAUGAGUAAUUGUGUAUAUAGUUAAAGGAAAAAAACUUGACCAAUAAUAAGAUAAGAUUUUGAGGGAGGGAAAGAAUAGCGAAGCCGGACCAAGUAGGGAGAAUAGCUAAUUCUCUAAAUUGUACAUAGUGUGUAAAUUAGUAUUAAUAUAAGUCUGCAGUCACUUUCAGGUUGCAUACAGUACCUGUCUCCUGCUAGGAACUUUAAUCCCAGCCUUGCGUUGUAUUAAACUGUUGGAAUUAGGUCUUGAAUGCAGACUGUUAAAAGACCUCAAGAAACACCAUGCUCAUGAAAAGCUUCUGUUAUGGGAGGCUUCAGACCAUUUUGUAACUGUUGGGAAGGAAGGAGUGCUUUCAUUUUAAUAUGCAUUGUUUGUAAGUAGUAUCAGACCUUAUCGUUGUAAAACUAUAACUGUGAUUAUGUGGGAAAUCAAAUAAAUCACUUUGAACUCA